AUGCUCGCUGCCCUCACCCAGAGCGUCGCCGUGCCCUUCCUGCUGCCCUUCACCGCCCGCCCGCCCCGCCUCGGCCGCCAGCUGCUGCGCCUCGCGGCUGCGCUGCCGGCGGCGCCGUUCGUGGCCGCCUACGACGGGCUCGCGUCCUGCGUGCGCGCGUACUCUGUGCAUCAGCUGAGGGCGUUUGCGGCGCAGGCGUCGACGCCCGAUUACCAGUUCGUCGUGAGGGAGUCGCCGCGGCGCCUGCUGGGGCUGUGCCCUUUCCGCCUCAGGUGGAUCGAAGGGAUGCCGAAAGCGCCCGACAGCGGGCCAGGGGCCGGCGAGGCCCAGCAAAUCGAAGUGGCGGUGCAGUUGAAGGCUCACGCCCCGGCUGUUCUGGGCUCCAAGGAGGUUUGA